UGUGUAUGUGUGUCUAUGUGUAUGUGUGUCUGUGUAUUAUUUUCAUUCAGAUUGUUAACAUGGCUAAAUAGUAGCAUCAUCGUUGCAUAAUAAAAUUUUGUGAAUUUCGUAAAAACCGAGACAAUUACACGUGUAAAUUUAGACAAAAACAAUUUGGCAUCUAAAUGCAUUGUUUUUGACAAUUGCAUACACUUUGCGUUUUAUCAAGUUCGACAUUUUAGCCAAACAGGACAAACAUUGGCGAACAAUUUUCAUUGAAAGUCAAUUGGAUUUUUAUUCGUUUGAUUUGAAGAAGAAAAGGGAAAAAAAACACGGGUCAUGUUUCCAACGAUAACACGACGAUUCGUUUCACUGGUGAUGCCUGUAAGAAUUCGGGCUCAGCACAUUGCCACGACAACAAUCAUGCAAAAAAUCUAUACUAUACAAAGUGUUGAAGACUUUGAUGAAAAAGUACGAAAAAGCAAGACACCGGUCGUUGUUGACUUUUACGCAACAUGGUGCAAUCCAUGCAAAGCGCUUAUUCCACGCAUUGAGACUGUCAUCCAGGAAACCAAUGGAGCUGUCGACCUAGCUAAAGUUGACAUUGAUGAGUUGAGUGAGAUAGCCGAUGAUUUUGAUGUAUCUUCCGUUCCAGUCUUGGUCGUGAUAAAAGACGGCAAAGUGGAAAAACGUAUGGUUGGCCUUCAAGAUACAGAUAAAAUUAGAAGUUGGGUGCAAAGUGCCAUUAAAUAAAUUCAACAAAAACAAAAAAAAAUUACAAACAAACCAAAUUAGCAACUAUUCAUCGUUUAUUGUUCAAAACAAAAAAACAACAACAACAACAACAGUAUACAAACACAUUUUAUUCUUUUGCAUUCAACGAUCAUCGACGGCAGUCAAUUAUUACGAUGCAAACGUAUGGUAGCGCCACUAAUUUUGUAUAAUUUAUUUCGAUGCGAUUUACUUUCGUGCACCAAAAUGAAUAAAUAAAAAUGUGCAUAAAUACA